AUGUUUUUAUUUGUUCCUAAAGUUUUUCCUAUUAUUCGUCGACAUGUUGCUGCAACUCAACAAGCACUUACGGCAAGAACAACUGCUCGAUCAUUUCUUAUUCGUUUUAUUGAAGAUCGUCAUAGAAAAACUCAACAGGAUGAUGUUCGACUGGAACUAUAUAUGUUAAAAGAUGUUCAUACAGAACCCGAUGCUACUCAAUCAAUGCCAAAACGAUAUCUCUUGGGUAUAACCAAAGUUCUACUUAAUGCUAUUCCAUUUCUUUAUAUUGGUUCACUUGUAAGCAUAUAUGAAGCAUUAGGUCUAAAAAAAAUGAAUUUAUUUGUAUACAGUGAUAAUGAUGAUAAUAACGAUGAUUAA